AUGGCACCCAUUCCAGGAGUUAUUCGCGGGACAGCCCAAUUUGAGAACCAGAACAGCGUAUACUGGACAUACUAUGACCUGUACACCAAGAUAACAACAACUGACACGCAAAAAGGCUACAGCAAACCAGCAGGCAUCUCUCACAAGCUUCAAGAUAAAUGGGUGGUCAUUGCCAGUGUUCUUUUUGCGAUUCUCGUGGUGGGCCUGAUCUCCCACCUUUGCUUUUGGGGAAGACACAAGUAUCCGCGACAAACUGCAUCUACCGAGGAUAAGAUGAAGAUGGAGAACGUUGAGCAUCUGAAUAUGGUUGAGGAGUCUUGCUCAGAUGGCUGGAUGUGUUUCAUUCUGGCCUGUCAUGCUGCCAUUACCCUCGGCGUUGUGUGA